AUGGGUAUACCGAUUUACGACGACUUGGUGUACUACGCCACACCACCAAACAGCUAUGUCGGCUCCGCAAUCUUUCUUUUCUAUAUUGUUGCCGCGUUAUACGCCACUUUGAGCAUUGUAAUCGAUCUAUACAAACGGUAUGCUUCGAUAUACCAUUCAGGGAAAGCUUCCAAGGAUGCGAAACUCGAAGCAUACAAAGCAGCGCGCGUCAAACACAUCAAGAUCUAUGCUUUUCUUGCGUCUAUAAGUUUCGCCACAUUGUCAUAUCACAUGCUAUUCUUCCUCAUCACACACUACCUCAACUGGACUGGCGACAAACAUCGGGACCUAUCUGCUAUAAGCGGCUCGAAAAUCAAAGGCUGGAUGCUGCAGUCGACACUGUUCCAGGACUUUGCAAGCGAAUUGGUGCAGAGCAAAGGCAACGCGGCGGUGACCCAAGUAGCAAUUCUUGGGACGUGGUAUUGGAACAUAUGGAUGGCAGCAAAAGCCCGGACGCGACGUUUCGACGCAUCAACAAUGCGCAACUUCAUCCUGCUCAGCCAGAUUCUGCCCAUCAGCUUCACAAUCAGCCUGUUCUUGAUUGAACUGCAUGUGUCCAGCCCGGAUAUCCAACCGCCAGCAUCGAAGAACAAGGCCACCUCCAAAUCCACGACAUUGGUCACUCGCGCGCCAAUUGCGUCUCUCCAACUUCCCAACAUCCUGCUCAACGCUUGUUUGCUGGCCCAGCCUUCUCUUCGCAAACACUCCAUCUUCAACACGCUUAUCAUUCUCGAGCGUUUCGUCUUGUUGCUGCCGCACACGGGCUUGAUUAGUCUGAAGGACAGCGACGUGGACAAGAGCAUGAUGAUCAGCGCAGGGUUCAUGAUGGCGAGUCAGUGGAUGGGGCGCAAAGACGCGAAGCUAGGAGCGGAGCUUCAAUCUUUGCUGAAGGGUGGGUUUGCCGUGAAAGCACUGGGGUGGGACGCAGUGCUCGGUGCUGUCGUGGGGCUAUGUGACAUGUACCGACACAAUCUUCACCCCGCCUUCAAACUGCGGUGCACGCAAUCCAUCUGCCAAACCAUCACCAGUUUCCCCAAGAAUUGGAUCACAAAGAAUCAAACGAGGUUUUGCCCUGGACAACUUCGAAUCUGGCCGCCAGAGCCCAUCCACUCCGUACUCGAGUCUUUUGUGGCAGCUGUAUUGUUCAGUCGAGCGGGCACAGUGUAUGCACUCGUCUCGACAGUGUAA